AAUUGACUUCACAGCUUGCGGCAUGUUCAUAUGGGUGUCCCUCAUUGUUCUCAUAAUGUUCGGUAUCCUGGCCAUCAUUUUCCAAAAUAAGAUCCUGAACAUCGUGUACUCUAGUGUGGGUGCCCUACUCUUCUCCUUCUACCUGGUGUUCGACACGCAACUCAUGAUCGGAGGAAACCACAAGUUCUCCAUCUCACCUGAGGAAUAUGUCUUCGCUGCCCUCACUCUCUACCUGGACAUAAUCAACAUCUUCACGUACAUUCUCUCCAUUAUCGGGAAUAGUCGAAGUUAAGGACAGAGGGAUGAUCAGUGACAGUUCUAGCUAGCUGGCUUGAAGAUGGAAGGGAAAUCUACUUUGUAGUUGGAAUCCUCUGGAGUGAACCAAAUUUUUUUUUGUAUUGUUAGUGCGUAUUUUCUGUUUUGAAAAAGAUUGUUGUUUUCUGUACUUGUUUUCUAUAACAAUCUAAAAGACAAAUGUUGUUUUUUUGUUUUUCUAGUUAUGAUGAAUUUAUCUGCUUGCUUGAUUUUUUUUCAUAAUUGCCAAGUAAUAGGCCAAAGAUUCAGAAUAAUUGUACAUAGUACAGUACACAUUAUUCUUCAUAUGGAGAUUUAUCUUACUUCAUUUUCUAAGCUGUCAAGUCCUGUGGUCUAUAUAUCAAGUUACCCAAUUAAAGACAGUUCACCGAGACUUCUCUGCAGGAAAUGAUCAUAGUAGUAUCUGAAGGCAGCAGACCUCUUGUUAUUUUAUGUACUGUUUUAUUCAGAUCCUCUUAGUAUAGAUAAUGAAUUUAAGGUAAUGUGUGCUAAUGCAAAUCACUGCAAGAAGAAAAUAACAAUAAGGUGUAUAUCUGUAUGUCCUAGUAUCUAGUGUAGAAUGCCAUCUUAUCCCAUAUCUGUUUGCUUUAUAGAUGAUUAUAGUAUUUAACCCUCAUGUGAUAUCCCUCUGCUGCAAACGUAUAUACAUUUUGGCCAGGUCAUGUAUCGAUUUUGUAUUCUGGCUACAGGUUUCUGGAAAACUGUGUUAUUCUCCUGUUUUUCCUGCAUUUUUUCAAGGCUGCAACCUGAUUCUUGUGUAUGCGAAGACACUGCGAGGAAAAGGGAGGUGGAAUGUGUUUCAUAGCCACUCACCCCCACUCCCCACCAAAGAUUUUUAUGUUGUAUGACAGGCAGGAAUUGAGGGUCUUGGGCAAGUGAAAUGUGCAUUUUUUUCUAUCAGGUAAUUUUCACAUGUAUCUGUGCUUGCAGCCCCCCCACAAAAGCACUCGUACUCGAAUACAAGAACAUGCACACAUUCUUUUUGCACUUUGGGAAGUAAAUUUUGAAGGGAUUGCUUUAAAAACUCAUGUAUACUUCCUUGUAAUACACUAUAUAUAUUAAAAGCACAAAGUGAUUACAUUUUCUGUGACAUCAAGAAAGAAAUAUUAUUUUGUAAUUAAUAUUCUGCAAAGGGAUUUCAUUUGCAUAGUCUAUACUGUAUCAUAUUGUAAAGAGAAGUGUAUUUUUUUUUCUUUCACGUUUUUCUGCUUUGAUGUCUUACUGUUUUGUAUUUAUUUAUUAUUUAUUUAUUUAUUUAUUUUUUUUUUUUAUUUAUUUUUUUGUACUACCACAAGCUGGUGUAUUUACAAAGCUUGAAAAAAAGAAAAAAGAAAGAUAGCUAAAAUAAAUAAACAAGGAGAAAAAUAUACUGAAUUAUAUAUGUCCCUUCCAUUGGCAAGAUUAAAGUACUCUUUGCUAUACAGUACUUUGUAUUUUGAGACAGACUUGAGUGAGUAGGCAAGGUCAAGAAACAGAGACAAAGAGAAAUGGUCAGUAGGUGAAUGAGUGAAUGGAGAAUGAAUGCGAAUGUAUAUGAGAGCUUAAGUCUUGUGAAAACUAAAUGGGUCUCAUUAAAAUUUGACAUGUACCCAAGACUACAGAUUGUAAUGAAUUGACGUCCUGUAGCGAGAGUCUUUUGAAUUUUCAGUGCUCAUUUUAUCAGCCAGGUUACAAUUCAUUCUCUCUUUACUCAUUUAGUAGAAGUGAAUUUUACUGUAAAUGAAGAGAAUAAUGUUAAGGGCCUGAAUUGUAAAGUGUAAUGUAUAGGUUAAGUGAUGUAUUUCUGUAUGUAAAUGUAUAUCUCUCUUAUAUAUGUGAUUUUUUUCUCUAAUGACCUUUGGGUUCAGUGGCAUUCCAAGGGGAAGCAUUUGUCUAGUUUAAGAUUACUGAGUCAGAGAGGAUUAUGAGAUUUUCAGCUUUAUUGAAUGAUUGUCUGUAUCUAGAUUCAUAUUUUUUUUCACAUUUCUAUCAUUGCAGAUUUGAACAAUGAAUCAGAUGAGCAUAUCAAAAAGUACAUACCAAAGGAUAUUUUUCUAAAAAGAAAGUAAAGAAUAUUUUUCUCCCAAGUAACUUGUAUGUAACAUUAAGUAUUUUAAAGUAAUUUUAGUCAUAAACCCAUGAAUGUUGAUAGAUGCUGUCAUAACAACAAUUGGUAUGAAUUGAUACGUGAACAUAAAUUACAUGUAUCUUUUAUCUUUUGUCUCUCAGAUUCUUUCAAUUAUGUGAUAUGAUAAAGAUUUUAUUCUGAAAACAUAAAAGAACAAGAGAUUAUGUUAAUUGAUUAAGACAGAGAGCAAUUAGGAAAAAAUAUGUCUUUUAUUUUCUCUGAUCCAUUUAUUAGAAACUAAGUCUCAGAAUUAUUAAGUUGUCUAAGGAAAGAAGAAAUUGUUUGUGAUGAGAAGGCAGAAUGCCAAAGAAAGGUAUAAUAGAUAUAAUAUGCAGACUACAAGCUGAAAUGAUAGAAUGGUCUGCUGUGUACUAUAGUUUAUCCUGUGCAAUUUUCUUUGUGAAUGUUUCGUGUCUGCAAUUAGGCACCACCUAUAAUCCGAAUCUUGAAGUAUCUCACCACUUAAAUUUUGUCAUUUAAUCUCUCUCUGAGUCAGAGAAUAUAUUUUUAUUUAAAAAUAUUUCUUUGUCCCCUUGACAGAGACUGUGUUCUCUUUGGCUCUCUCUCUCUCAUGAUCUGUGGCUUUGUCAUGAAUCUCUGUACUUUAACAGUGUAAUUAUGUUUGAAUGUUCUUUAAAGGGAUUGUCACAUUGAGCCAAAUUUUCUUGGUUUGCUAAAGAUUAUAUGAUAUAAGCUUUCAUAUGUCAUGUUAAAUUUAUUUAUUGUCAUGGAAUAUCAGGCUGUAGGUUAAUUUAUUUACCAUUUUGGUGCCUUGUAUAUUUUGCUCCAUUUGAAUAUAUUCUCAUGAUAGUAUUAGAAUUAUUACUGAUUGAUUAAAUCAUUUUAAUUAUAGAUUUUGAUAAGAAUGUAUUGUUUGUCUAAAAAUUUAAAAAAAAUACAGAAUCAGACUGAACAACAAAAAAAUUACUUAGUCCGUAAAAUAGAAAAUAUUUUUAAAAAUCCAAGAAAAGUUGUCUCUAUAGGACAACCCCAGAAAUCAGAUGCAUACUAUAGAUUUUUCAAGAGAGAGUGCAAAAAGUCUGGGUUACAUUUUUAUAAUUUUCAUUACACUUCUUUACAUCCUGUUUAAGACUUAUUUCAUUAUGGCAUUAUAUAUAUAUUGCUUGUUUAUGAACUUCCGAAGUGCCCCAUACUUUACUCGUGUCCAAAUGCAAGGUCUCACAGAAGUUACAGUCAAGACCUGUGACAGUAGUCUCGUUGUGGUGGUCAUCCGAUCAACUUUAGGCAUCUACAAAUUUCUUUUGCCUUUUGCAUAUCUUGCCCACCAUCUCUUAGGGUGGGAGAGAGGCAUGUCUUGUCAUCUAUAUAAUAAGCUUGAUGUCAUGAGACCGUAAUGAAUAGAAACGUCAUUGUAUGUGCUGUUUGCUUCCCUUUAAUGCCUAACAAAUCCUCCUGUAACAUUUUAGGUGACUUCCUGUGGUGGAUAUUGUAGAGAUAGAGAAGUCUCUUGUUGCCUGUAAGCAAAGGAAACUAUACAGGAGCAUAGGCAUGUUAGAAGAUUUAAUUUGUUUGGGAGAUAAAGAAUCGUUUUAUUUUCAUUUUCUCUACAUAUUUUGUUAUAUUCGCAGUGUUUUGUCUCUGAUUAAUCAUUGCAUAAUGAAGGUUUGGAUUUUGGUACAAAAACACUGCUACUUGUUUCUCAGUUCAUUUAAAUAAAACUUCUUGAAUUUUUU